AUGAAGGCUGAGGCCAAGAUGCCUGUCGGAGACUUUCUGCAUCAUACUGUGAAAGGAUCCUUACGUCCUAGAACAAGAACAGGAAGGGGCCUCCGAGGUCACCUCAUGCGCCCCCCUCAACUUACACAAGAGGAAAGUGGAGCCCAGAGCAGGGAGUAUGACGUCUCCGAGGUCACUCAGAUACUUUGGCACCAUGGAGCGCUGCUUCUUUCUCGAUGCCCUCCAUGCAGGUCCCUUGCCACUCUAAAUCCUGUGCUCCUCGGCUCCGCAGUGUCCCUGCAGGAUAUCAACAUGAGGAAGGCUUUCCGGAGCUCCACAAUCCAGAAUCAGCAGGUGGUAUCACGUAACUCCAUCCCCAACCCUGUGAUGGAGAUGUACCAGCGGUGUGACAAGCCCCCGCCUCUCAACAUCCUCACGGCCUACAGAGAUGACAAGAAAGAUGGCCUUAAAUUCUAUACUGACCCAUCAUAUUUCUUCAACUUGUGGAAAGAGAAAAUGCUUCAGGCCACUGAGGAUAAGAGGAAGGAGAAACGAAGGCAGAAGGAACAGCGACUGGUGGAGGACUCCACCAGGGAGGUGAAGAAAGUGCGAAAGGCACGGAAUCGGCGGAUGGAGUGGAGCAUGAUGGCAUAUGACAAAGAGUUCCGACCCGACAACAGGUUCUCACCAUCUCCGUAUCACAUGGCCUCCUCGGAAGGAUCGCUCUCUCCAGAUAAUAGGUCUUAUGCAUCAGACAUCGGUGAUCACUCCUACCCAGCCAGCCCCAACCAUCCAGCCCAGCAGGUGUUGGCACCCACUCCUCAUCUGCCCAUGGAACACAAGGAGAUCAUCCUGGCCCCCAGCCAGCUCCCGGAGCUGACCUACCGGCCCACAGCCCCAGGCAGUCGGCAGAACAGCCUUGGCCGAGUCCAACAGCCUAAUGUGCCGCAGCCUCCAGAUCCGAUACUGAAUGGCCCCAGGCCUCAGCUGAUGAAGGACUAUGGGUCCCAGCCAGUGCCCAUGGCCGAUUUCUUUGUACCACCUGCCCCACCACCCCCACCUCCAGUGAUCCCCUCGGCCCAGACGGCUUUCGACAGCCCCAUCUCUGCCCCGCCUGCUCUUGCACCUGCCGCCACUGCCACCCUGGCCCAUCCUGCCUACACACCCUCCCCACCCCCAGCCCCACCCUGCCCAUACUCUGUAUCUCCCCCGCAGACUGGCCCCAUGGGCCCUCCUGCAGCUCCUCCUCCACCCCCGCCUGGCCCCCCAAUGGCCACGGCCUCCCCGGCCCACUCAGCCUCCCCGGGUGCUGUACUAUCUGAACCACGGAAACCUCAGAUCCCGUUGAUACCGAUGAGUGAUGCCAGAAGUGAUCUUCUUGCUGCCAUUCGGAGGGGUAUCCAGCUGCGGAAGGUGCAGGAGCAAUGGGAACAGGAGGCCAAGAAGGAGCCCGUGGGCAAUGACGUGGCCACCAUUCUCUCCCGGCGCAUUGCAGUGGAGUACAGCGAGUCGGAUGAUGACUCCGAGCUGGAUGAGAAUGAGUGGUCAGACUAAGGGGACGCUGGGCCGGGCCGGGCUGGGCCGAGCCACGCCAGGCGGGCCACUGAGCGUUCUAGUGCGGCUCCCUCCCUCUACCCUCUUGCCUCCCCCCUAGCCAGCCCUGCCCUGCUCUGCCCUGCCCCCACCCUGAGUUCCCUCCCAACAAAGGUUCCCUUCCUGCCCGCCCUCCCCCCCGUCCCCCACCCGCACCCCUACCCCUGCCUGGGCUUCUGCUCCAGUAUGGGGGUAGGCAGCAGGGGUGGGGAGUGGGGGGAGGAGAGCUUUUGAAAAAUAGAUUUUCAUCUCUUUGGGCUGAUUUAGAUAUGGUCCUAUGUGUAGGCAGGGAAAUGAAUUAGAUGGCUGCUUAAGAUUCCCUUCAGCUCAUGGCUUUUUGGAGAAGGGGGCAGCUCAGCUUGGCAUGUUUGAGCUAAUGGGAGAAGGCAUUUUCUCACCCUGGCACCCCAUCUCCAGCUCUCCCCACAGUUCUGUGGAGAAACUUCUUGUCCAGAGAGGCCUGUUGGGCCCAGCUGUUUAUGGAAACAGCUUCUGCCUGGGAGCACAGGGUACUUCUCCAGAGAGUAGCAUGUGUGACGUGGUCCUUGUGUUCUGAGCCCUCGGGGGUCACCAGGGUCCUUUCUGCACAGCCCUGGGAAUGAAGAGAUGUCCCCAGGCAGGCACCAAGCAGACAUCAGAGAGCAUGCCACCUUGCUUAUGCCCAAGGAGGCAGGUGUGGUGUAGGGGGGAAGGACGUCGGAGUAGAGGCUUAUGUAUGUCCACAGGUAGUCAGCCUGUUGGCUGACUUGGAAACGACAGGACCUGUGUUCAAAUCCCUGUUCUGACACUUCCUAGUUGGGCAGUCUAGUCAAAAUUCCUUCCCUUCUUUGGACUUCAGUCUUAUCAUCUGUAAAAUUAGGGGUUUGGAUCAGAUGACUUGGUCACUUCUAAGUCAAGGCCUAGGCUUCUAUGGAUGGAUUCUUUACUUAGUAGGUCAUCCUUUUGGGGGGGGGGGAGGGAGAACUGAGUAAUUAGAUUUUGUCUGUGUAGGGAACUCCCAGUGUGUAAAUUCUGUCCCCUGAGGCAGAGUGGCACCUCAUCUGUAACUUCCAGUUUGAGAGAAUUGCCCAAAGCACUGAGAGCGGCCUGGACGUGGCAGAGACAGGACCUGAUAUGCCUUGUCCAUAACCAAGGCCAGAGGUAGGAAUGCAGAGUGUAACUGGGAAAAGAGUCGCCGUGGAGGCUUAUACUGCCAAGGGUGCCUGCUGCCUGGGCCUCCCAGAGGGGAAGAUGGCAGCCUUCAGUGGGUCUGGGCAGUGUCUGUUGAUGGCCACCUUAGGGCUGGCUCCUACCCUCUGGGUGCUGCUGUCUAGUCCCUGUGGUAGCCCAGUACAGCCAGAGAACAGAGGCCCCAGGAAGGAGGGCGGCUGAGAGCCCCGCCCUUCUCAGGCCUGGCCACUUCAGUUCCAGUCAGCAAGUGUCUAGGAAGCACCAGCCAUGUACCUACCACACACUGCCCUAAGCCCUGAGGAGACAGAUAGAAGAGUGAGACGGUCCCUGCCCACAAAGAGCUUCAGUUCCAUUAGGGGAGGGCUAUAACAUACACAGAUAAGUUAAUACAGAGUAAUUGGGGAGCAAAGAGGGAGCACUUGCAAAUGGGAGGGGGGGCAGGAAAGACUUCCUGUAGGCUGCAGCACCUGAUCUGAGCCUGGAAGGAAGCUACGGGUUCGAAAGAGGUGGAGGUGAGGAGCGAGGGUGUUCCAGAUAUGGAGGGAGCACAGAAAGAGGACCGAGGAGGCCAGUCUGGCCCGUCAGAUUGUCUUCUGGGAUCCUCACUUGAAGAAGGCCAUUGGCCAUUCAUUGGCCAGCUGAAGCUGUCCUGAGGGGAGCACCAGGAGGGCAGAGGAACCAAGGCUGGUGAGACUGGAGCAGUGGGGGCGGGGGGAGUGACAGAGGCAGCUUGUAGAAUGGGUGGGACUGGCCUUAGGAUGAGCCGGCAAGGCGGGGAGGGUGCUGUAUCUAUCUGGCUGUCCUAGGAGUCCCCGCCUCCCACACACAUACACGCUUCCCCAGAGAUACCUGGAAAGAGCUUGGGGGAGCCCUUUCUCGGCCUUUCCCUCUGGCCUCUGGCCAUCCAGGACUAGGAUGGGGCUGGGAUGCUCUCAGUGGCUCUGUAGGCAUAGGCUCAUGGCAUGUGGGGCUGCAAGGGCCUUAGAGAUCACUUCGUGCAAGCUUAGAGAGAGGAGGUAACUUGACCAAUGUACCACAUGUAAUAAAUAGCAGAGACAGGAUGAAGAUAAGGUCCCCUUGCUCCAAACUGAGUGCUCUGUCUGCUGUACGUGUCUGCCUGAGAGAGGGAGCCAGCCAACACUCCCCACCUCUUAGCAGCACAUGGGCCUAGUCAUAUCAUGACCGCUGAGUGGCCAUGUGCCCAAGUGUGAGUGUGAGAUGUUUCCUCUGUGUCCCCAAGAGUGUCAGGAUUGGGCUUUUCAGGGACUAUGAGGCCAAGAUCAUUUGAAUCAGACCAGGCUAGGUUUGGGGAGUGCUUUCGUUUCUGCUUAUAAAAAUCGAGUCUCCAGAAUGGAAGGGAGCACCAGGCCCACCCAGCCCCUAAGCCACAAUCCCCUUGCUAACAUCCCCACAGGGGAUGCCAAUGUCUGCCCUCCAGUGACAGGGAACUCCGUAAGGCGGGUUCCACUUUGGGACAACUCUAAUUGUUAGGAAAUGUUUCCUUCUGUGGAGUAGGUGGGGGAGGAGCAGGGGAAUGGCAGCAUCCAGAAGACCUGAGUUCAAAUUCCACUUCCUAGCUGUGGGGCCCUGAGGACUCCCCCUCUGGAGCCUCAGUUACCUCCAUUGUGAAACGAGGGGGUUACACUUGAUGGCCUCAAAGGCCCUUCCAGCUGGAAAUCUCUGCUCCUGUAAUGUCCUUUCACUGUCUCCUGGCCUGGCUUGGAGCAUGGGACCUUAACAAGCAGAGUAACCUCUCUACACCUCAGUUUCCUCAUGUAUCAUUUGAUGUUUUGCCUGGCAGGACCCUUUAGGCCACUGCUAUCCCUGCUAGGCCCUGCUAACUCUGAGAGGAUGAGAAAGUGCCCUUCUCCCCCUCCCUACACCUCCCCCCAUCUUUAUCUCCUCCCAUCAUCCCGCAAGCAUGUACUAUGGCUCCUAAGCCUGCAGACAGAGUUCUCUCAGAACAUGUCCCAGAGUCCCCCAAGCCUGCUGUGCUUCGUGCAGACAAGUAUGGCUGGUGGCCGGUCCCCACUACUGCUUGGGCUUAAGCAGGCCAUGUAGCCAUUCCCCAAGCUGGGGUGUUUGGGCUCCUGGGUGCUCAAAGCCAACAGAGACUUAGAUGUACUUUCGAGCUGGAAUGACCCCAAGCCUCCAGCCCAGGCUACAGCAGUGGCCUGGCCAGCCCCUGAGGACAUGGGAACCCACACUUUGGGAAUAAAGGGGCUUCAAUGGAGGUAGCUGCCCAGCCCCCGAUGCCCCCAAUGCCUGAUGGCCCAGAAAGGCCGUAGAGGAGCUGCAGUUGACUCUCUCACAGCCUGGGGGGCCCUCAGCCCAGGAUCAGUUGGGAACUUGCAAUGAACACCUUGGCCAGAAGAAAUGGGCAGCUAAAAGAGCCAGGAUCCCAGCCUGCCCCACCAUGGGACCACAGUCCUCAUGUUUUUCUUUUCCCAAACACCCCCAAUCUACUUUUUGUAAGCUACUUCCUUAUCGCUUUUAGAAAUGAAUGUUCAAAGUUUGUUGCACAGAGAAUGGGUAGAGAGAAUUAGCUAGGUUCCCAGUUCCUCCUCCCUCCCCCAUGGAUGGUUUGACGGAAAUGGGCACCCUACAGACCCCAGAGUGUACCCGAAUCAAAGGCAAUGAUGGAGCUGUCUGUCAGGGACCUUAGAGCACAGAACAUAAGACUGCGAGAGCUGGGAGGAACCUUAGAACAUAGAAUAUAAAGGAUGUAAUGGAGCCUAGGAUAUAGAAUGUCAAUACUGGAAGUGACCUUAGAACACAGAAUGUCAAAGGUACCAUAGGACAUGGAGUGUCAAAGCUGGGAAGGACCUUAGAACAUGGAAUUUCUGAAGGGGAAGGAACCUUAGAACAAAUAACGUCAAGGCCAGGAGGGGCCUUAGAACCCAGAAUGUCAGAACUCUCAGAACAAGGCCUCCAGAAAUGGGACUGAGGGUCUGGGCCUAAAGCAGGGGUGUGAGCACCAGGAGGAAGAUGAAGAGUCUCAAAGGGGAAGCCAGAGUCUCACAGAAUCUUGGUACCUCAGAGAUCUCUGUCUGCGCAGGACCCCUUCCUGCCAGGAUACUUCCUCUGCUCCCCCAGUGUCUAGCUAUCAUCUGAACCUCAGAGUACCAGGGCUUGGGCCCAGCCUUCCUUUUGAGCAUCUGGUCAGAGUCCCAGCAUCCCUCCCAUACUUAGCACUCUAGCAGAAGUUGGGGUCAUCCAUUCUCCAAGGCCAGAUGCUAACAGAUGACUGCCUUGUAGGCCAGCCUCCCACACCCCCAGGAGCUGAGCCUAACUGCACUGUCCAAGCCAGGAAACUGAUGCUGCCAAGACAGAGAGGGCAAAACGGAAGUGUGGCAGUGUCUUGGCCUACAGAUAAAGGCUUUGGGCAUAGGUGCAUAUGGGCAGCACCAUGGAAAGCUAACCGAGCUCUGUGACCUUGGGCGAGUCACUUCCUGUCCUUGGGCUUGCAGCUCUUCUCUGAUGGCCCCUCUAGCUCUAAAUUCUGCCUCUUCCUCCUACCCCCAGUCCCUUUUGCUGCUUUGCAUGAGCUUGGCCUCAUAUUUGUACUUCUUUAUCUUCAUGUGGCCUCCUCAGGCUUGCUGGUGGGGAGCAGGAGUGGUGCUUCGAAAGACCCAAACUUUGCUAUUGACAACUAUCACGCCUCCUGUUGUGUGAGUUGGGCCUCUCUUGGCUCUGACACAUGUGGAAAAAAAAUGGAAUUCAGGUUAGAGCCAGCCUCUCCAUCCCAGGAAGGAAGGGGGUGGUGUUUCCCUGCCCAGACUGGUAUGGCUCUAGGGGCACUGAGCGUCUUGUCAGCUACUAAAUUGUUUUUGGACAAGUAGACAACUUACACGUAUAUCAUUCAGGUCUGCUCCACCCAUAUUCAAGAAGAACAGCCUUCUGGGACCCCUAGAUAAGUGAGCAACUGUUCCACUCUCCCCACUCUCUCUCCCAUGCCUGGUGUGCAUGAAAGAAGUCUAAAGUACAGGGAGGGUGGGCAUGACUGGCUUCAGGCUGAAGCAGUGGCUCAGAGAAGGCUUCCUGGACACCAGAGCUGGGCCUUGAGGACCAGCCCCCCAAAUUCCCCAAGCAGUGACAUGAGGGCAGCCUCUCUGGCCAGACUGGGCUUUGUGCGCCCAGUGGAUUUGCCCGUGCAUCUGCUUGGGUGGCCCCCUCCCUUGGGAUGGAUCCUGAUUCCAUGGUUUCCAUCUCUCUCCCUGGCACAGGGAAUUGAACCAUCCAUGUCUCCUGCCUGUGGACUUUGGCCAUGUCCCUUCACCUCCCUGUGACACAUUUUCUUCAUCUGUAAAUGAGGGUGUGGAACUAGGUGAUGUCUCUACAGCUCAUGAUCCCUUGCAAAGCCACCUGACCCAUUCAAAUUACUUGGGAUCUGUGGUCUAAAAGGCAGGAAAAAAACAACCAAUCCAGCUGUUUUUUCACUAGGCCAUCUCCAUCUGCUCAAUCUUACUGAUCCUUCAAGCCAUGUUGGCCAAGAAACUGUCCCCUUCACCCUCACAGCCAACCAGCUAGAAGUGAUCUCAUAGCACUUGAUUCUCACCUAUGUACACAGCGUACUCUAACUUGUAUUAGUUAUCUGUGUUUUGUCUUGCCCCUUCCAACUAGAAUGGGAGCUCCUUGAAGGCAGGGCACCUGAAGCACCCAGCACAAAGCUUUUCGCUUAGAAGGUGCUAUAAAGGUGAGUGGGAGAAAGGAGGUAAGUCUGACUAGGAGUGACAAUGUGAGAACGUGAAAGGGUCAGAAUUGUUCUGUUGAGAGCAGCCAAGGUUAGUUUCUGAGCAGUAGCUUGGUACGGAGUGGGAAGAGGGAGAGGGUAGAGUUGAGCCUUGGCCUCAGAGCAGUCUAAAGGACUUUAGAAGUCACCUAGUCCUUUUACCCUUUCAUGUUACAGUUCAGAAAACUGAGCAGAGCCCAAGGGCACUGUGGGAGUGACGGACCUAGGUUCCCAUUUGCCUGGCACUUUCACAGCUUCCUGCUAAUCUUAUCCUCACCAGGGGCACACUGGGAAGCCCUCCGAGCUCCAUUUUUACAGAGGAGAACUCAGGUCCAGAGCGGAAAGUGCCACAGUAACCCAAGUUGGCAACAAGGGCAGUGGCAGGAAUGUAGGGUCCCGGCCCUUUAUUCAGGGUUCUUUCUGGGCUCCACUGAAUGCAUGUGAUCUUACACACACACACACAUACACACACACACAAUCACAUCUCUGGAUGGAUUGGGCCAUGGCUAUGGCCUGGAGCUGGCAAGUGGUGAAGAACCCCUUUUGACCUGUGGGAGGGUGGCUCAAAAGGCUAUCAGAGCUUUGGAGAGGGAAGUAAGCUUAGCAGCAGUUGGUGAGAAGAGAUCCUUCAAACCCCCUCCCCCCAUUCCCACUCCACCAGGCCCUCCACCACCUCCUAUUAAAACCAGUCUUUCCUUCCCCCUGCCCCCCCCAAAAAAAAAUCUCCUUUCCUUCCGUGGAGACUUUCCAAGCUGGCUUGGCCUACAGGUAGGAAAGAGUGGUGGUACUGUCCCCCUGCAGUUCUGUGGAAGCCCUCACUUCUCCUGAAUUCCCCCUGCUCUCUCUAUGCACCAAGACUGAGAGGACAUGUACCCGCACCCUCCCAGCCAGACCUGGGCACCGGCACAUUGGUGCCUCCUGCCUGCCUCGAAGGUUCCACUUUCUGAGAGUGGUGAGUCCAGGCUGGCCUUGGUUUCAGUCGGGGUGGCUGCCUGUCCAGAGAGAACCCCGUGGGCUUCAAACUUGUGAAUUUGCACACGCUUCAAGCUAUUUGAUGAUUGAUCCGCAUUAUUCUCAAGCUAAUGUUUAAAAAGCCAUCCCGCAUCAGGCGGGAUCGAAGCCCUUUGCAUUUAGUCAAUAGAUGUUGCUGCCUGUAUCUACCCACUGUGCGCAGUUUGCUCAGUGUGAGCAAGUGUGUCUUACCCAGUGUUGUGGGUUCUGCUUGCCUUGAUGUGGACCCCAGAAGGUACCAGCUGAAUGGUUGCUAAGCAAGCUCCCCUCAGUGAGAGGGAAGAGAGCAGCUUUUCAAGACCUGUGUGUGAACUACAUUUGUGAGCAACAUAUAUCCGACCUAAUCUCCCAAACUGCUGACACUUUAUGCAUGUGGUAAUAAAAAGACCAAUAAAGAUUGGCUUUGUGUGGGCCUCUGCCAA